AUGGUCCGCGAAACGAAGUUCUACGACGUCCUUGGUGUCAGCCCUGAUGCUUCCGAUAGUGAGCUCAAGAAGGCUUACAGAAAGCUUGCUUUGAAAUAUCAUCCUGAUAAAAAUCCUGAAGCUGGUGACAAGUUCAAGGAAAUCUCCCAUGCUUACGAAAUUUUGUCCGAUGGAGAGAAACGUCAGUUAUACGAUCAGUUUGGUGAAGAAGGACUCAACGGUCAAGGUGGCAUGGGAGGCAUGGAUGCUGAAGAUCUGUUCUCUCAACUGUUCGGUGGAGGACUUUUCGGUGGAGGUGGCCGUGGUCGUCCUUCAGGACCUCGCCGUGGAAAGGACAUGGUUCACCAUUUGAAGGUGUCCCUCGAGGAUUUAUACAAGGGCAAGACCAGCAAACUUGCCUUGCAAAAGCACAUCCUUUGCCCAAAGUGCGAUGGUAAGGGUGGCAAGGAAGGUGCCGUUCAAACUUGUCGAUCUUGUAACGGUCAAGGUGUCCGUGUCAUUAUGCGUCAAAUGGGUCCCAUGGUCCAGCAAAUUCAACAACCCUGUCCCGACUGUCGUGGUGAGGGUGAAAUCAUCAAUGACAAGGAUCGUUGCAAGAACUGUAACGGAAAGAAGAUUAUUGGUGAGAAGAAGAUUCUGGAAGUUCACAUCGAUAAGGGUAUGCAGGACGGUCAAAAGAUCGUCUUCUCCGGCGAAGGUGAUCAAGCUCCCAACAUCUUGCCCGGUGACAUUAUCAUCGCUAUUGAAGAGAAGCCUCAUCCUGUUUUCCAACGCAAGGGUGACGAUUUGAUUUAUGAAGCCAAGAUUGAUCUCCUUACAGCCCUGGCUGGCGGCCAAUUCAGUAUACCCCAUUUGGAUGACCGUGUUCUCCUUGUCACUGUUUUGCCCGGCGAAGCCAUCCAACCUGAUAUGGUCAAGGUCAUUCCCAACGAAGGUAUGCCCGCUUACCGUCAUCACAACCACGGCAACUUGUUUGUCAAAUUCAAGGUCGAGUUCCCCCCACCCAAGUGGGCCGACGACGAAACCAUUGCUAAGCUCGAUACCAUUUUGCCUCCUCGACCUGCUUUGCCCUCUUUCGGUGACAGACACGUUGAUGAAGUGGUGAUGGCAGAAGCGGAUAGCUACCAAUCACAAAAGGCACACGGUCACAUUCACGAAGAUGAUGAUGACGAGGAAGGCCGAGGCGGUCCUGGCGUCCAAUGUGCUCAGCAGUAA